AUGAAUUUUUUUAUAUUUAUCUGUGUAUUAUUAUCAGAGGUUGAAAAUGUAGAAUUUGAAUAUCUUAAUAUUUACUUAUCUGAGACUCUGGAAUUACCUACCUUACCUGAAAAUUGUCAAAUUGUAUCUAUAACUAAAGCAACAGAGGAACCCAUUGUUAUUGAAAUGACUGAACCUACCUUACUUGAGACUAUUAACUAUAGUAGCAUCACCCCUUCCACAUCUGUUACUAGCCAUAAUAAUAUAGACAAAGAAAUCAAUGAUGACAGAGUUUCGAUUUCUCCGAACCUGUCAUUUGCUGAGAGUAACGUUCAAGAAUUAAGUCAUGAAAUUGGCAGUAUGAAUUUACAUGAAACCUAUGUUCAAGAUGGUGCGAAUAAUAUAGAAGAUGGAAGCAACCACGAAGACUUAGUUCCUUAUGAUAUUCAUUCUGACUCUAUGUCUGAUAGCGAUUAUCCAGAUAAAAGUAAAAAACGAAAGAAAAGAGCACAAAUACAAAAGUCUAAUUGUGACGUAUUGUGGGCAUAUCGCUUGUUCACUCGGAUCACUUUCUCUGUCCUAUUUUGGCAUCGCUUCUUGGACUCGUUGCAGCGGGGCGCGCAUACUUCACCCCCGCUAAGAAAGGACAGAUUAGAUUAUUUGUUUUUGUCAUACACACGAACUAAUACGAUGCAGCGUACUCCGCCACUAACAACACCUCCGUCACAGAAGCUAAAAUAUUCGUCAAAUCCAGAACUACCCGAAACGUGUGGCGCUGAUGAUAAUACUUUUGUGAGUCUCCGAAAACGUAAGCAGCCUGAUGAUAAAAAUGUUAAGGCGGUACUAGAGUUCGUUGAGCAAAAAAUUAAUGAUCAGCUCAGCUCAUGGAAAUUACAAUUGGACAUCACCAUUGCCGAAAGUAUCAGAAAUUCAAUCGAUACAGUUAUUGAUAGAGAGCUAAAGAAAAUAUCAGCGACUAUAAGUAACUCCUUUAAAGAAUUAGGAGAUAGAUUGGAUACAAUCGACAAAUCCUUAUCUUAUACGAUGGAAAGGCAGGAUAGUAUUGAAACGCGUCUGACACAGGUAGAAAGCCAGCUGAGAUCGAACGAUGAUGUAACCAGCCAGAUUAACCUAUUACAAGAUAAAAUUGAUGCAAUGGAGCAACAGGCGCGGCUUUAUAACGUCGAGAUUGCUAACUUACCAGAACGACGUGAUGAAAACCUUCUAUCUAUUAUUGAAAAGAUUGGUUGUGUCAUCAAACACCCUGUCAGCAAAUCGGACAUUGUAUCAGCCCAUAGAGUGCCACAUUUCGAUAAAAAGUGUUCGCGUCCAAAAAAAUGUUAUUAUAAAAUUUACAACGAAAAUAAUCCGCGACAACUUCAUCACGGCAGCACGGGCAAAUAA